AUGUCAUUCCUACUAGCUGGCCUCUCACUUCUGGCUGCUGCUCAUGCAGCUACUGUUGAGCCGGUUGCUCUCUCUAAUUGCUAUAAUCUCCCAAUGUGGGAGGCCACCGGCCCCUCGUCUGGCUUCUCUGGCCCCUGGGCUCUUAUAGUGGAUCAGUGUGUGAAUACCACCGACGUUAACGGCGCGUGCACGAUGGAAGGAUUCCGAAGCCAGUCCUCUAGUAUUGACCAGCAGGUUGAUAAAGGCUAUAUUGGUAUUGUGGGACAGCAGUACAAUGCCUACACUCCCCUCCGCUGCGUGGAUGGAAGUGGCUUUGUUAUCAACGUCGUGACUGGCCCGAGCAGCGCCGAGUUCGUGACUGUUAACAUCACCAAUGUGGCAUCCGAUGCGGACCUUGGGUACGGCCUGGGUACGGAUACUGAGGCUAUUCAGGCUUACACCCACUACAUUGAUGGCGUGAAACAGGAUGGAAUCUUCAUCGGUGCGCAUAAUGUCACAACCUGGGGUAUGCAGCUCCAGGGUGGUGCGGGGGCUUGGUGGAAGCUUCGGCUUCUGGGCCCGGGCAGUGAGGAUGCCUCGACUGGAAACGCACUGAAGGAUGGGGAAUAUCAAACUUAUAUCCGGAUUGAUGGAAGUUGA